UUCCUUUGCUGCCUAGAUACACGUUUGUUUUCUCUUCCCCGAAGCAACCUUCGCUCCUCCUCUUGAGCUGCUGUAGCAGCCCCCCUCGCCCCUCCUUCCAACCACCACACCCACGCUGCUGUCGCCGGAGAGAAGUUUGAGUGAGCAGCGACUAAUGGCUGAGGAAAUUUUUGUGAGCGCAGCCACCGGGGCCAUGCGUUCCGUCUUGGGGAAGUUGGGUGUCAUGUUGAGCAAUGAAUACAAGCUGCUCAAGGGUGUUCGUGAUGACAUCCAGUUUCUCAAGGACGAGCUGGAAGCCAUGCACAAAUUCCUCGUCGCGAUGGCGAAUGUGGAGGAACCUCCUGAGCAAGACAAGCUUUAUGCCGACGCUGUGCGGGACCUGUCGUAUGUUAUGGAGGACAAAAUCGACAAGUUCAUGGUGCUCGUCCGCCGUGAACCAAGUUCCAAGCCAGAUAGCUUCAUGGAGCUUUUCAGAAAAAGCAUGGAGAAGAUCAACAAAAUCAAGUUCCGCCAUAACAUCGCCAAAGACGUCAAAGACAUCAAGAUCAGAAUCACGGAAGUGAGUGACAGACAUAAAAGGUACAUGAUGGAUCCGUCUUUAAGAGCUACAAAUGAGAAGGUCGACCCACGACUUGAGGCAAUGUUUAAAGAUGCAUCACUUCUUGUUGGCAUUGAUGGUCCGACCAAUGUGCUUCUGAAGUGGCUGGACAAUGAGGAUGGUGAAUCCGGACAUCAUCAUCAGCUAAAAGUUCUCUCCAUUGUUGGAUCUGGAGGGUUAGGAAAGACCACUCUUGCUAGACAGGUCUAUAACAAGCUUGGCGCAGACUAUGACUGCCGGGCCUUUGUGUCAGUUUCACGUAACCCCAAUAUGGCGUCAGUUCUGCGUUCUAUAUUACGUAACAUCAGCAACAGAAAUGCAAGUCCCGAAGAAAGUAUCCAACAACUUAUCGAACAAAUUCGAGAAUUCCUGCAAGAUAAAAGGUACUUUAUAAUAAUUGAUGAUAUAUGGGAUAAAAAUCACUGGUACCAAACUUUGUCUUCUGCAUUAGUCAGGAAUGAUUGUGGUAGUGCAAUAAUUACCACAACACGAAAUAUCGAUGUCGCUAAAUUAUGCAGUGGUUCUCAAGGAGAUCUGGUCUAUGAACUCCAACCACUUGGUGUUGAUCACUCGAAGAAGUUAUUUUUCAAGCGGAUAUUUGGCUGCGAACAAAAUUGCCCUCCUAACUUGAAAGAAGUCUCAGAUGACAUCUUAAAAAAAUGUGGUGGUUUGCCCUUGGCCAUCAAUGCCAUAUCUAGCUUGCUGACUACCAAGGAAAGAAAACAAGAGUCGUGGGAUCGUGUGAGACGCUCAAUUGGAUUUGAUAAAGGAAAAAAUGAUGACAUUGGUGACAUGAAGUACAUAUUAUCUCUGAGUUACUUUGACCUCCCCCUGGAUCUAAGAAGUUGCCUGUUGUACCUGACUAUGUUUCCUGAAGAUUAUAAGAUUGAAAGGCAGAGAUUAGUUCACAGAUGGAUUUCGGAAGGAUUGAUCAAGUGUAGAGAUGAGGAAGAUCUUUUUGAAUUAGGAGAGGAAUAUUUUCAUGAGCUUGUUAACAGAAGUUUAAUACAGCCGGUGGGCAUAGGAUAUGAUGGCAAGGCACGGUGUUGCCGAGUGCAUGACAUCGUCCUUGAUUUCCUAAUUCACAAGUCCGCUGAAAAAAAGUUCAGUACCUUGUUAAGCAGUAAUCCAAAGUCAGAUUGCAUAGUUCGUCGCACCUUUCUCAUGGGAAAUGAAGAUCAAGCAAGUGUUGAGAAAUUGGAUUUAUCACAUGCUCGAUCACUUGGUGCUUUUGGCAGUGAUGUGAAGCAAUUGCCUUCCUUUGGAAAGUCAAAUGCUCUGCGUGUGCUGGACCUGUGUAAAUGCUAUGGAUUGAGAAGUGAGCAUGUCAAAGAUAUUGGAAGACUUUUACAGCUGAGGUACAUGAACAUCUCCGAGACAAUGGUAAUGAAGCUUCCAAGGGAAAUUGGAGAUUUGGAGUAUCUAGAGACUCUCAGUCUGCACAUGAAUUUACAGGAGUUGCCAGAAUCGGUAGCUCGGCUGAAACGACUGGUGCGUCUGUUUGUUGGAACGGACGCCAAAUUUCCUGAUGGCAUUGGAAACAUGAAGAAUCUGCAAGAGCUUGGGAUUGUAGAUGCCAUGAAGCAAUCUGUGGAGUUUCUGGAAGAGCUUGGCAAACUAACAAGCCUGAGAAAACUGAAGAUUCGUUGGGCCUCUGAAUCUGGCGAGGCAAGUGACAAGGAAAAGACGCUAAUGUCCUCCCUCUGCAAACUGGACGCAUGCAAGCUUCGCAACCUCAGUAUCGAAUUGUGGUCGCCAGAAGAGGAUGCAACCUUCAUAGGGCGUUCGUUCUUCCCUAAUCUGCAUAGCAUCCGAGAGAUUCGUCUCGGCAGCGGGUGGAUUACGGAAUGGAUGCUUUCACUUGUCAACCUUGAAAAAUUAUGUCUGUUUUCUUGUGGACACGAGAUAGUGCAGCAGGAUGUUGAGAGAGUUGGAAGCAUACCAACUCUGCUAGAGUUCCGUGCAACAAAUGACUUCGUAGGGUCCAUCAGCAUCAGCGGGGGAUUUCAACAGUUACGAAGGUUUGACAUGUGCGCACGUACUACGGAGUUGACGUUUGAAGCGGGGGCUUUGCCAAAUCUCCAGGAGCUAUUUAUCCGCUGGGUUAGUUUUGAACUCUAUGAUUCUCCACAGUUGACGUUUGAAGCAGGCGCUUUGCAGAAUCUCAAAGAGUUUAGCCUCUGGAUUCGUCUAGACAAGUUGGAAUCUGCUGGUGCUGGACUGGAUUUUGGCAUCCAGCACCUCACCAGCCUUGAUAGGCUCCGUGUCGUCAUAGAUUGCGCUGGCAAGCAGCCUCACGCCCUUGAUAUGGCGCUGGCAGACGGUGUUUUCAAGAGCAUGGCUGACACACACCCCAACCGUCCCACGCUGAAAAUGAUGAAGGGUUACAAUUAUUUCGCGUUACACGAUGAGGAGUGAUACACUCGAAGCCAAAAGCAAGCACACCGGCCGGGUGGGAUCGAUGAUUCCUCUUGAGUAGCUCGGCUGCAGAGUGUGCUUCCCCAAUCAUCUGGCACUGGAGAUCUUGAACCCUCUAGACAUGAAGCGACUCUUCUUUAAUUCUCUGUUUGCAUUUCAGUCAUUGUAUUUGUGUGAUGAUGGUUUCAGGACUCGAUUGAUGCGUGCUACGUACACUGCUCUGAAUAAUCAUGUACUAGUAUUUAUUGUCUUCGUUUCCCUUAUCAACUUGAAGUUGUUGUCACUGGAGACAUUCAGUAUACGGUGACUCCAAACCAUGUGUUAUUCUACUUCUGUAACUUUCCCUAUUUUUAUGGCCGGUCUUUGCAUGUUAUGGAUGCUAUAUGUACGUACUACCUCAUAAAAACUAGUUCAUUCAA